AUGCAUAGCGGCGGCUCCCUCCAACUCUUUCCUUUCCUCCCUCGCCACCCGCUCCCUUCGUACCCAAGGGCGGCCGCCCGCUCCUUCGCGACCGUCUCAGAGACUCCUCCCGUGCGGCAUCAUGGCGGGCUGCGUGACCAAGACCGCAUCUUCACCAAUCUUUACGGACACCAUGGCGCGGAUCUGAAGUCGGCAGAGAAGUACGGUGAUUGGCACCGGACAAAGGAUAUUGUUCUGAAGGGCGAUGACUGGCUUAUUUCCGAAAUUAAGGCUUCGGGUCUUCGUGGGCGUGGUGGUGCCGGUUUCCCUUCUGGCUUGAAAUACUCUUUCAUGAACUUCAAGGACUGGGACAAGGACCCGCGACCCCGUUACCUGGUCAUCAAUGCCGAUGAGGGUGAGCCUGGAACCUGCAAGGACCGUGAGAUUAUGCGUAAGGAUCCCCAGAAGCUCAUUGAAGGUUGUUUGGUUGUGGGUCGCGCCAUGAACGCCAAUGCCGCCUACAUUUACAUCCGUGGCGAAUUCUAUCACGAAGCGACUGUUCUGCAACAGGCUAUCAACGAGGCUUAUGCGGCUGGCUACAUCGGAAAGAACGCUUGCGGUUCAGGAUACGAUUUCGAUGUCUACGUGCACCGUGGAAUGGGUGCCUACGUCUGUGGUGAGGAGACCUCGCUGAUCGAGUCUCUCGAGGGUAAGGCCGGCAAACCCCGCUUGAAGCCUCCGUUCCCGGCUGCUGUUGGUGUUUUCGGCUGCCCCAGCACUGUCACCAACGUCGAGACCGUCGCCGUCGUCCCCACCAUCAUCCGCCGUGGAGCCAGCUGGUUCUCCUCAUUCGGUCGUGAGCGUAACGCCGGUACCAAGCUUUUCUGCAUCUCCGGCCACGUCAACAACCCCGUCACUGUCGAAGAAGAGAUGUCGAUCUCUAUGCGUGAGCUGAUCGAGAAGCACUGUGGUGGUGUCCGCGGCGGCUGGGACAAUCUACUUGCCGUCAUCCCCGGUGGCUCAUCCACUCCUGUUCUUCCCAAGGCUAUCUGUGACGACCAGCUCAUGGAUUUCGAUGCUCUUAAGGACUCCCAAUCCGGUCUGGGCACAGCUGCCGUCAUCGUCAUGGACAAGUCAACCGACAUCAUCCGUGCCAUCUCCCGUCUCUCCAGCUUCUACAAGCACGAGUCUUGUGGCCAGUGCACUCCUUGCCGCGAGGGCAGUUCCUGGACCAUGAAGAUGAUGCAGCGUCUGGAGACCGGUAACGCCCGCGAGCGCGAGAUCGACAUGCUCCAGGAGCUCACCAAGCAGGUUGAAGGUCACACUAUCUGCGCUCUAGGUGAGGCUUUCGCCUGGCCCAUCCAGGGACUGAUCCGCCAUUUCCGUCCCGAGCUGGAGGCUCGCAUCCGCGAGUACGAGAAGGAGCUUGGCUCCGCCCCAUUUGCUGGUGGCUGGAAGCCUGAGAGCCGUGCUGAGGGCAAGCUGAUCUCUCCUGGCAUGUAA